AUGAAGGCUGUCCAACGCAUGGGCGGUAAAAUGCUCAAGCGCAGCGACGAUCAGCAGGACGUAGGAGCAGUCAUUGCGGAGUUCAAAUCCGUCGAGAAUAUGCUCGAACGCCUACUCCGUGACCUCAAGACCUGGCAAACAAGCUGGGACGACAUUCUCAAACUGCAAUACGACGCCUCUGAAGCCUUUGCCGCCCUCUACAAACCUAUCGAGCCACCCCCAGACCCAGACGCUCAAUACACUCCCAAGGAGACUCCCGCGGCAUUUCUGCAGAAAUGUCUCGCAUUGCAGAAGAUGUAUUCUGAGGAGCGGGACGAUUUGAAGCAGGAGAUUGGGAUGAUUACGUCAAAAGUUAUCAGACCCGUGGAAGAAGCAAAGAUGGCGUUGAGGGGCUUGCAGAAGACGUUGAAGCAUCGGGAGAACAUGAAGUUGGACUAUGAGAGAUACCUGAGCAGGGCUGAGCAUGCGAGGAAGAAGGACGUCAAGAGUUUGAAGGAGGAGGCUACGUUGGCGAAACACGAGGGAGAUUUGGUGCAGGCAAAGAUCGAUUACCAGACGGCAGAUGAGCAAGUCAUCUCGACUUUCCCGCCUGUUUCGCAGGCCGUGGCUAGCUUGAUGCCCUUUGUAUUGGCCGGACAGGUCAUGUUGCAGACGACUUUGGUGGGCCAGUUAUACACUUGUCUCGAUGGAUACUGCAGACAGCAGGGAAUGCCGAGUCCGGCACCCAGCGAUGCGGAGAUUAUCGGGAGGUGGGAAAGCGAAUUCACUUCUUUCCGGAAGGAAGUGGAGAGCGAGUUGACGUUAAUCUCCACGGGAAAGGUGGUCAAUAUGUCCAUGAAUAUUGUGGAGAAGGAAGGGAAUACUAUGACGGGACUAGGGAUUCGGAACAAGGCAAAGUCUGGCGUUGAUACUGGCCGGGGAUAUUUGGACAAGAGGAAGAAUGGGCAGGCGACGAUUUCUCAGAAGACGUCGUUCACCAAUGGCCCAGGAGUGGAUGGAGAAGAAGAUGCACCCCCUAAGCCACCUCGUCCAGGAGGUUCCGGCGGACCAUCACCAUUGGCUUCUCCCUACCCGCCUGUAAAUCUCGCCAAUAAACCACGCAUGCCUUCUUCGAGCGCCGUGAACGCGUACGCGUCGGCCUACGAUCAGAAAACGUCACCUGGAUACAACCAACAAUCUUACGACCAGAAGAUCCCAUCCCGAUACCCAGCCCAACAGCAACAGCAACAGGCACCACCCCCUUACUCAGAAAGCAAUGCAUACGGCGGUAGCAGUACUUCGCCCGCAGCAUCUUCCUAUCAUACUCCAAGGAACGGACUGUCCCCAGCUCCAUCAACUCAAUCCGACUACUUUGGCGAUCGCAAGACAAGCGCAUCUCUCGCUAACAGUGCUGCAGCUGCAGCGAAGAAGAAGCCUCCACCCCCUGUUCCGGCGAAGAGGAUUCCUUCCACACAACCACAGGUUGUGACGGCGCUAUAUGAUUUUGAGGGACAGAAUGAUGGGGAUCUGAGUUUCAGAGAAGGAGAUCGGAUCGUGGUGUUGAGAAAGACGGCAAGUACAGACGACUGGUGGGAUGGAGAGGUUAGAGGGAAGAAGGGAAGCUUCCCAGCGAACUAUGUGYAGUUGUAA